GAGGAGCUGCGUGCUCUGUUUGUGGAGUGGAGAUGGAUGUGUAUAAAAGGGAAAGCCUGUGGCCUUUGGAGCCAUACAAUGAUCAGGAACUGAGAGUGGCAAGAGCCAAGGAGUAGUUAGAGCUAAGUAGGAUACAGUUCGUGAGUCACUUCUCUGACAUCAAGCAGUUACACUAGGUUGGAAGAGAGAGAGAGAGAGAAGAACAAAAUUCCACAAUGCCCAUGGAGCAAGUAUUCAGGCACUGCGACAAAGACACGCUGAAAUUGGCCAUGCUGAAGCAUGAAGAGACUUUCAGACAGCAAGUUCACGAGCUCCAUCGCCUAUACAGGAUUCAGAAGCUUCUGAUGCGAGACCUCAAGAGGGAGCUCAAGAGCCAGAGCAACCUGUCGACCUCCCCGAACGGCGGCUACAUGGAGCACGGCAGAGGCGCGCUCGGCAUGUGCGCCUACGAGCACCGCUACGCCGCCCGCGGUCCCGGCGGCUACGUAGCGGUAGCGACGCCGACGCCCCGCACGGCGCUCAGCCUCGACGUCGUGGCGCCGGCCGUCGAGUACGUGCGGAGCGCGGAGGAGGACGAGGACGACGAGGCGGAGGAGGAGACCGACGACGACGCGGAGCUGGAGCUCACGCUGGCCGUGGGCGGGGGCGGGGCCAAGAAGAGGUACGGCGAGUACCCGUCCGGCGGGGAGAGCCUCUCGUCGUCGUCGACGGAGUCAGACGUGCUCACCGCCGCCGCCUCCGGCCGCGAGUGGCGCCAGGCGCGCGGCACGCCGUACCACAAGAGGAGGCCGGCCGCCGGCGGGCUGGACGUGGUGCAGGUGGAGGACGGCGUCGGGAUGCAGGCGCCGCCGCCGCUGCUGUUCCACUGGCUCAGCCUCAAGAUGGCAUGAAAGAGCCGCGUUGCAUGUGUUGGUUGCUGCUCCUAGUGUCAGGGUGUUGACUUGCUACUGUUCUUCAGUUGAAUGCUGCGCUGCGUGUUCAGGCCUAGUGGUGGAUCGAGUCUAGAAAUCAAUAAUUGACUAGUCGUUCAGGACAAUGUAGGAGCCACUUUCCAAAACGUAAGGAGAAUGUAGGGGCUUUUCAGAUUGAGCUAUAAGUGUGACUUACCUUACUGCAACUGCAAGAGCUUCUUCUCUUAUUUACAGUCAACUAUACGAGGGCACGAGAUGACGAGAAUGCAAAGAUUUUAGUGAAAA